CGAAUCCGUACCUCUCCGGUGAGGUGGAGAGAGGGCAGUGACAUGACGUUUUGCAAUUCGCAUUGUACUGCGGCUUUCUCUUGCUUUCUCCUCCUUUUUUUUUUAAGGUUUGGCAUUUUCUUUUGAUCCUAUUUCUCUUCUUUCUUUCUUUCUUUCUCUCUCUCUUUUCCUCUCUAGUCCUACAUCUGUCUAUCUUCCCUUUUUUCGCAACCGAUUCAACUUACAUACUGCCGCAUCCAUCUAACCAACAAACAACCUCAAUUGAACUCUCUCUUUCCUUUUCAAAACUUACAAAAGUAAAAUCCAUCAUGUAUAAUCGAAGCUUGGCAGUUUCUGGAGCUGUUCGUGCUGUCGCUGCUGCGAGACGAACGGCGAUGAGCCAUCGCGGCUUUGCCUUUUCAGCUACAAAGAGACUGGGGCUCAAGGAAUCAUCAACUCUUUUUGAUAAAAAAGAAACAAACAUUGACUACGACCUGCAUAAGAGAGACUCCCUCGCCAAGCAGAAGAAGGGCUCUGGCCACUGGAAGCCCGAGCUCGCGUCCGACAGCGAGGAGGCCGUAAAGGCGGACCGGGCGUCGAGGGAUCUGCAUGCGUCGGAGAAGAUUGCCGCGUUGCAGGAGAGGACGAAGAAGGCUGCUGAGGAGACGAGCAAGGCUGGGACGAGUAUGAGAGAUGCCAUGUAG